AUAAAACCAUGCAUACCCUUUAACUCAAUAAUACCACUGUUAAGUUUGUACCCCAAAGAAAUUUUUCAAAAGGCGCAGGAGGAGGAGCAAAAGGAGAAAGAGAAGAAGAAGGAAGAGAAAGAAAAAGCAUCAUUUGAGAUGGGGAAAUCUAGUGUUCUUCCCCAUUUCCAUUUUCCACUUCAUGGCUGGGCUGAUGCAGUGACAUCACAAUGGUUGUUAGGGACAGAAUGGACUAAGGAAGGACCUGAGAAGAAAAAAAUGAAUGAAGAUUUUAGUCAGAGCUCUGACCACAACUCCAGUCCAAACAAGAAAACCAUCCAGAGUCUGAAAAAUUCGGGAAAGGAGCAAACCUUCAGGGACCGGAGGCAGAAGGAAAAAUUGAGAGAUAACUUCCUGUGGCAGAACGAAUGGUGGGGGGAAAACAGGCUCUGCACAUUUCUCCCCCCUGUGCUUGGGCCCUGUCUCUGUGGAUGCAGCUUAAGAACGAAAUUAGUGCUUCACCCUCGGCCCCCAACACUUCCCAGGCAGACUGCCCCAAAGCUUCCAUAUUUACUAUCCAAGAGAGAGUCAACACCAUCAAUGGCCUGGUCUCAAACACGUCCUACUUCUCCUUCAUCUUUACACCCAACCUCCCCGACUGGUCUCCAGCCUACCAGUCACCCUCUGCAACCCCGGCAACUGGUCCCUUUAGGUAUUUGGCCCCAAGGUUUUAUCAUGGCUCCUCCCAAGAACAGGCCUCCCAGAAGCCAUUCCCACUUUCCUUAGGGAGGUACCCCAUUCCCUCAAGGAGAAUGAUA